UUAUUUGCACGCUUUGUAACCUUGUAUUUUUAACUUUAAUCUAUGUUUCUACAAACGAAAAAGUGCAUUCACAUUACCACGUUUGGAACAUCACAAGAUGGAAGGUCGAGAAACACGCAAGUUCUAUUUAAUGCGUCAUGGUGAACGCUUAGACUACGUUUUCGGUGACUGGAUGUCCCAAUGUUUCAACAAAUACGGCGAUUAUUUCCCGACAAAUCUAAACAUGCCUGACACUAUACCUAAACGUCCCCAAGGACAUCAUGUUUACCUCCACGACCCCCCUUUAACAAAAACCGGCAUUUUUCAAGCACAACUAACCGGAGAAGCGUUCAAAAAAGCGCAACUCGACGUUUCUCACGUUUAUUGCUCACCAUCACUACGUUGCAUUCAAACGUGUGAUGCUUUUCUCAAAGGGUGUAGCAAAAAGAGCGAAAUUAAAAUCAGGGUGGAACCAGGACUCUAUGAAUGGUGGGUGGUGUUUGGUGACCGUUUGCCAGAUUGGUUAACGCCGAAAGAGCUGGCAGAGGAGGGUUUUAAUAUCGACCUGGAGUACAAACCUAUUAUAACCAUAGACGAAUUAGGCAGCAGAAAAGAAACCUUUGCCGAGUACUGUUCUAGAUGUUUGGUGGUUAGUACAGAGGCAGUGAAUGCACAUGCAAUUGGUAAUGUGUUGUUUGUGGCCCAUGGAGGUACUUUAGCGGUGUGUUCGUGGGAAAUAACAGGCGAAAAAUCAAAGCCAAUGGAAGAAGCAAAAGACGAUGUGAGCGCAAUUCCUUACUGUGGCUUCAUGGAAGUUCGUCAGACGGGAGAUAACUGGGAGAAGAAUGGGUCACCUUUUUUGCAGUUCAGUCACACAUCUAAUGCAGUUUUUGAUUACAACCGGCUGUUGUAAUAAUUAGGAGUUCAUUGUCCCAACAUUAUUAUUAUCAGCAUAGAUACUGUAGGAACAACCGUUCCCACAAAAUCAGGUGUUCUACCUGAGGGCAUUUGUAAUAUUUGUAUAAAUGUAAAUAUUUCCUAUCCUUCGUCUACCUGCCCUACACUUCUUCAUACUUUCUCUUUUCGCUUCUGGAACUUUCUAAACCCUUCUUUACCUACUUCCACCUCUUCAAAUCCGAGCUUACCUGUGUACCAUUUUAAACACCCUUCCUUCUUCUCCCUGACACCCUCGAACAGUAAAGAACAAGAUAAAAACUCAAAACCGUA